AUGUUGCUCAAGGACUUGAUGGAGGAGUUUGGUGUUAUUAUUGAGGAUAAGAGGACUGACAGUAUGACGCUCAGUAGCGGCGUGGUAACCGGGAGAGUCGAGAGAAUUCCCGAGGUGUCCUCACAGCUAAAUGUGUGUGGUCGGGCUCCACUCAACACCAAGAUCGUUGGGGGAGUGGAUGCUUCUCCGGGCACCUGGCCCUGGCAGGCCAGUUUGCACACGUUUGGCCCCUUCUGUGGGGGGUCUCUGAUCAACAAUCUGUGGGUGCUGACCGCUGCCCACUGCUUCACCACAACUGACACGACAGGUUUCACGGUCUUCCUGGGCCGUCAGGACCAGGCGGGCAGCAACCCCAACGAGCAGUCCCGGACCAUCUCCAGGAUCGUCUGUCACCCCGAUUACAGUGGGUCCACCAACGACAACGACAUCUGCCUGCUGGAGCUCUCCUCGGCUGUCACCUUCACAGACUACAUCGCGCCCGUCUGCCUGGCCGCGGACGGAAGCACGUUCAACAGCGGCAUCAUCAACUGGGUCACUGGCUGGGGCACCACCUCGUCUGGAGGUUCAGCCGCGGACAUCCUCCAGGAAGUGGACCUGCCCAUAGUGGGCAACAGGGAGUGUGACUGCAGCUAUGGCAUAAUCACCAACAACAUGAUCUGCGCUGGAUUGUCGGCUGGAGGGAAGGACUCGUGUCAGGGUGACUCUGGUGGUCCUCUUGUAGGCAAACAGGGUGUGCAGUGGGUCCAGUCGGGAGUGGUGAGCUUUGGUCAAGGAUGUGCCUUGCCCAACUUCCCUGGAGUAUACGCCAGAGUAUCCGAAUAUCAGGCUUGGAUCAACGGUAUCAUCACCACCAACCAGCCCGGCUUCGUGGACUUCCGAUCCGCGGGAAUCAACAGCGACGCCACCUUCAACUGUGGCGACCCUCCAUCCGGCCCAGUCACCGCCUCACCGACCGCCCCCGCACCGUUGACGUGCGGCAGCGCCCCCAUGAACACCCGCGACAGCAGGGGGCUGGUGCAGUCCGCCGGCGUGUGGCCCUGGAUCGCUAGCCUGCAGGUCAACGGCACGCACAUGUGCGGCGGCACCCUGGUGACUGCGGAUGCAGUCCUGAGCGACGCCUCGUGCUUCACCAUGUACCCCAAUGCCUCCUACUGGACGGUUGAGUUGGGCCGCCGGAAUCUGAACGGCCCCAACUCCUUCAACAUGACCCUGGGGGUGAAAUCCAUCACCCUCAGCAAUCUCAGCGGAGACAACAUCGCCGUGCUCAUGCUGUCCAGUGCACCGAGGCUCUCGGACUACAUCCAGCCCAUCUGUCUGGACCAGGGGAUGGGCAGCUUCCUGAACAACACUGACUGUUGGAUGGCAGGCUGGGGCAUGGGCCAGGGAGGCGCCCAAGAAACCCUGCAGGAGUUCAACACCACGGUGGUGGGUUGUAGCAACACGUCAUCCAGUGACUACAUCUGCACCGAAGCGCUGACUGUGAGAAUGGGUGACGCCGGAGGCCCCCUGAUGUGCAAGAGCGGCAACUCUUGGACCCAAGUGGCCGGGCUUCCCAACGUCAUGGGCAACAGCAGCAUGGUGCGCUCAGAGAGAGCCGCCGACCAGUCCAUGUUCAUCUCCACAACGCGAUUUGCUAGCUUCCUGAAGGAAACUCUGGGGAGUCUUCCGUCCCCAGCCCCCACCACCAGUCACGCGUCAGACGCACGCUUCUCCAUGUCCUACCUCCUCCUCCUCCUCUCCUCCAUCUACCUCUUCUCUGCGCUGGUCUAGAGGCAGUGUGGCCUGGAAGGGCUCGACUCCGGUUUAUAUUCACGUUGUUUGGAUCUCAUGGAGGGAAGUAUGUGAUCAUGUAAAGAAACGAUCACACAGCAUCUUGUUUUUCCUUUUGGGGUUUUCAUGGACUGCUGGAGUCGGUGGAGUCUCAGCUUACACAUGAUAUAUAGUUUGUGUUGAUCAUAUUACCUUUUUGCUCUGCAUGUGAAGGUGCAGAGUUAUAAACACAUAUCUCUUUUUGAUACGUGCUUCUUAUUUUGUUUGGGGUUGGAAUUGUCUUUCGUUUAGCUAGCAAUGGUUAGGAGAGACUAAAGGUUGGGAAUGUUAUUACACUGGGGGUGUGUUAUAUGACCUUAACAAGCAAAAUAGUAAAUUUCAAAGUUUCAUUUUAAAAAUAAAUUCAGUUAAACAAGUUGAUGACAAAUGAAUACCGCUGUAGAGGUUUUUGAAGUGUGAAUGCCCGAUAUGAGUACUUAAUAAUACCAUUACAGUUGGGAGAACAGUCAAUGGGAACCCACUGUUUCAGCAGGAAUACAAACACUAUGGCUGGGUUGCACCAACAUGGAUUGAUUAAUCCUGGUUUAGGGUUUCUAUGGUAAGUAAAUCUAGGUUAAAGCUGAUUCAUAAUUAAUCACAAAUGUGUUGCACAUUUUAGUUGUAACUCUGGAUUAGGUAAACUAGUUUAAACAAGGAUUAAAAUAGGAUUAGUUUGUGUUCAGUGUCUGCCAUGAUGGAUUCCGGCGAAAUGUGAACAAAUUCAGGAUGUAGGUACGAUAAAGAUGGGCCACAAUAUAUUCACAAGUCUUCUCGUAAACUCGUUGCUUUUUGAAAAAAUGUAACCGUUGUUACCUUAACUGUUACAGCUGACACUACAGCACUUGAUACUUGUAGCAAGCUAGCUUUGCUUGUAACUUUUUUAGAUAUGGCACGACACGUUAAAUUAAGAUAUGGCACGUCAA